GAAUGCUUACAUUUGCACGCACAAGAGCUCAACUAACAUCGUGGAAAAAGUUUCGUUGCGGAGCUGGCGUAAACUCCAUACCACAAUCUUAAAACAUUUUCCAGCUCGGCACAGUCACUAUUCCAUAGGCUUCUUUUGACUGCGCCUUUGUGCAAGUUUUGUCCGUUUCCGUAGCUUUCCAACCGCCACAAUGGUCGAGGAACUUACCGAAGAACAAGUCGCAGCUUUCAAGAAGGCGUUCAACAUGUUCGACAAGGAGAAGCAGGGCUUUAUCCACACCCGCCAAAUCGGUAGCCUGCUCCGAACUAUGGGUCAGGCAUUUGAGGAUAAAGAUCUGCGCGAGCUGAUUGCGGAAGUUGAUACCGAUGGUUCCGGUCAGAUUGAGUUCGAUGAGUUCUUGGCGUUGGUGGCUCGCUUUGUGGUGGAAGGAGAUAAAGCUAAAAUGGAACAGGAAUUAAGAGAAGCAUUUAGGCUAUACGACAAACAGGGUAACGGCUACAUUAACGUAUCAGAUCUUCGGGAAAUUCUUCGCGCUCUGGAUGAUAACAUAACCGAGGAGGAACUGGAUGAAAUGAUCGCCGAAAUCGAUACAGAUGGCAGUGGCACCGUUGAUUUCGACGAGUUUAUGGAAAUGAUGACCGCUGGCUAAGGGACGACCUCCUUGUAAAGAGCCGAACCGGAUUUUGUAAACGAUCAUCUGCUACGUAAAAUAUACCCGUACUGGCAUUGCCAUCAUGUCUUUGUUGCGUACACUGCGUCAUUCUACAGAUACAUAUACUACAGUAUACUGUUAAACCUGAUGAAUGAGACGACCUUUCGGAAUCGUCUGAUUGUCAUCCGAUAACACCCAUACAUGUUCCGAUCCCUGUAUAAGUCACUCCUAAUCAGAUUAAAUUUUAAACCGUCAA